AGGAGGAGGAGGAGGAGGAGGAGGAGGGGCCAUGCGGAGGCAGGUGAUGGCGGUAACGUGGCCUGGUGCGAGUGGGCUGGAGUGCUAGGACGCUGGAGAUGUGUUCCAGGCAUUGCAUCCGCUGGGGAGCGUCGUUUGCAAUGCGAGGCGCCAUAGCGCAUCAUGAGACGAUCGAGAGCGUAACGAGGCAGUAAGAGAUGCUUUACAAGUACUCGACGAAUGUACAUAGGACUCGGGGUCGCGUGCAUGUCAAUGGUUAAUCAAGAUCAGUCGCCUCAGGCAAGGCUAGAAAGCGGAAGUUGCGAAUACGUUUUGAUAGCAGGAUAUGCCUCUUGGUAAUGUUGGAUGCCUUGUAGAGGCUGAAAAAUGUUUCACAGAGGGAAAAGUGCAUGCAAGUAUAACCGGUGUUCGUACGUGCAACCGGAAUACCAUCUACUUCAACCCUCUGGCAGACAACGCUUUCCAUCAAGCGGCGAAGUUAAAUAACGUGUAACAUGCUGGCAUGUUAGCUGGGUCAUAGGGUGAGGCGACAAAGGGCAACCUACUAUCGCUCGACAACGGUUAAGAUACAGACCGGCUUGCUUCUAUAGGUUGACCAGACGGCCGUUAAGGCAAGUAUAGCCGUGUAUACAUAAACUCAAUGUUAAUCCAACGGCUUAGUCCUCGCCGGAGCUUGCCUGCGCGCAACAGGGAUGCGGGCAUCCCAGCUGUUCGGCCAUGCCGAGCUGUUCGCACACAGCUUUUCCGCCGCGACGCACCUACGCUGGUAGAAGAGGCGCCUUUUGAAGACGCCAACCAGCCUUCCAAGCGCCAACGAGAUCAGAUUAAGCGGACUCUGCAAGAGCUGGGCUUUACAGAGCAAGCAGCCGAUAUCUUGGCUUAUGGAAAGAUUACAAAUUCAAACGCAGACCUCCUUAUUGGCGACAUCCGCGCGUCCUUUGGCAUCUACCAACCGCCUCCGCCGCAAGGACCCGUGGAAACCGUGCAAAACAGCGUGCAAGACCUGCUAUCCCGUGUUCGCCUUCCCUUCCUCGGCAUCCUCCUCGCAACCGGCCUCGCAGCCACGGCCUUCAGCCAACAGGUGACGGGGCUGCUGGUGUAACGGAGGAUGGUGGAAAGUAAACCAAGCGAGGCAUGCCACUUAGCGGGCUAGAAAAGGACAAGCGGGAGGAGUUGAGGAGUUGAGGAGUUGAGGAGCAGAGGAGGCGGCGUUACGGUACCUUUGCUGGGCUGCAAGCCCUGCUGGGAUCUGAGGCUGCUGGGGUCUUGCUAGCUCCUCGGCAGGGACGGGUCGGUAGGGCCAGCUUGCCGCACGUAUGAGCAUGGGCGGCGGCCACAAGAGUUGAAGGUAGCUUUAAACAGGCAACACCUCCUGUGCGUGGGCUACAUGAGGGCCGGCAAUACCGGUAAUGGGGGCGACUUCAGUCACGGCUGUUUAUUAGGGGAUGCAGAGCGAAGGCGAAGGGAAGGGCACUGUGUGCUGCACCUUCAGUACUUGGAUGGCCACAUGGUUGGAAUGAAGCUUUGGGAAGCUGCAUUGAGGAGGUGGGUGGGGUUCGGUAGGUAGAGCUGUAUGCAUGUGGGGAGCUGCAGGUGCGGUACUGCGUUGAGGAAGCAGUGUACCGGUAUGUGCUGCGUGUCAUGUUCGAUCAGUUGUUAGCCUACACAAACUAUUCAAUGGCUUGGCGAGACAGUGUACGGUAUGCCGUAUGCGGCAUGCUUACGUAGACCCUUUCAAGUGCAUCCCGUAGGUUGAGAUGUCGAGUUGGGGCAGAGUGAGUCCAUGUAUCAUACAGCAGGGCAGGAAAGGACUGAGGGGCGGAGACUUGUGUAGGAGCAGU